AUGUCUGAAUUUCAAAAAUGGACAGUCAAUGAGCCCUAUAUCGACAUAGCGGGAACGCUGCUCGAGGGACCCUACCACGAUGUAGCCAACAACGAGUUUCGCUUUGUGGAUAUCUGGGAUCAUAAACUCUAUCGUCUCGAUCUGGCCAAGGGUCCAGAAUCUCUCAAAGCAAUUGAUACAGACGCGGCAAUCGGUGUCACCGCCAAUAUUGCCAAUGCAGAUGACGAUGAAUUGAUAGUCGGGGCCAAGCUUGGAUUUGCCCGGCUGAACCAAGCCACCGGGAAGCUAUCGUAUAUUCACGAAGUUUGGGGCGCAGAUGAUGGACCGGGGAAGGCGGACAUGAUGCGCUUUAACGACGGCGCUAUUGAUAGCCACGGCCGUUUCUGGGCGGGAGCCAUGAAUGACCCUAAGAUCAAGGCACCGGGCCCCGAAGGAAUCCUCUUCAGAUUGGACCCAGACCUAAGCCUGCACCGCAUGCUAGCGCCAGUGACGAUCCCAAACGGAAUAGGUUGGAACAACGCCGACGAUACGAUGUACCUGACAGACUCUCCGACGGGCAAAAUCUUCGCGUUUGAUUUCGAUGCCGCGACGGGCGCGAUCAGUAACCGACGUGUCCACUAUGAUCUCGGCGAGCCGCUCGAGCCGGAUGGAUUCGCCAUAGACGUCGAAGGAUGCAUCUGGUCUGCAGUCUAUGGUGGCGGGAAAGUCAUUCGGAUCUCACCGGCUGGCCAGCUCAUCGGGCAGAUAGACUUGCCCACACGGAAUCCGACAUGUCCCGCUUUUGUGGGAACGGAGCUGUUCAUCACUUCUGCCAAGGAUAUUGUGGAUGAUGAGCGGUUGCCGCAAUCUGUGCGGUAUGGAGGCCGAGUAUUCCGAGUCGACGUUGGGGUCCGGGGCAAACCUAAGCAUGAGUUCCGCUUUAAGUAA